UGCACUAUAAGUAACUUGCCUGAUACCUCAUCGAAGCUGACCCGGACUCUUGUAACCCCCAUCUUGCUUCACUGCAACUCAUCCUCAUGGACUCGACGUUGUCGUUCUACGCUAUCCUUCAGAUUCCUCGCGAUGCUUCGACUGAAGAAGUGAAGAAAGCCUAUAAGAAGCAAGCUCUGCUCACCCAUCCUGACCGUCUUCCUGCUGGACAUACCCCAGCUGAUAAACUCGAAGCUGAAGAGAGAUUCCGCCAGGUCAGCAAUGCAUAUGAAGUCCUCAAGGAUACGGAAAGUCGGCGACUGUAUGACACGCACGGCGUAUGGCCUCCGCCGGCGGAUCCCAUAUACGAGAACCGACGCCACCGUCACGCUCACGGUCGAUCAUCCAACGGUUCUCAUGGAGUCCCUUUUGCGUUUGCGGGACCUGAUCUCUUCGCCAAUUUCUUCUCCGAACCUUUUGAUCUCUUUGACCGCAUGUUCAGCGACCAGCGGAUGCACCCCCAUUCGUCUUCUCGCAGACAUGUCAAUAGCCACCCUUUCGGCCAGUGGCAGCACGAUCCGUUCGAAAGCAUGCAUCGGAUGCAAGAUAUGAUGGAUGAGAUUCAUAACAACUUCAUUUCCUCUCCCUUUAUGCACCCUCCUCUGCCCAUGUCACACCCGUGGGGCGGCUUCGGACAGUUUGAUGGAGGAAAUUGGGUGUCGCAGACUACGACUAUCACCAAUCACAAUGGCGUCACGCAUAGAGUGGACACGCGUCGGGAUAUCAAUGGGAAUGAGCAUGUCACUCGAAUCUCUCCCGACGGACGUGAAGUAUACACUGUGAACGGGGUUGAACGCCGGGAUCAACUACCCGCUGUACCAGGCUACAUAUCGCCGCCUCCACCAUAUCACCCAAUAGACUAUCAUCCAAAUGCCCACAUGCACACUCCUACCGAACAUCACUCUCUUUUCCUAUCUAACGCCAUGGUCGCCAUUCAGUCCCGCUUCCUCGCUCUUCUCGCCUUUGUUGCUGCUGCAUCUGCUGCUUCCCUCCCUGUUGGCCUACCCGCCCAGAUCCGAGAUAACGUUCCCGCUGUGCGCGAAUUGCCCGUGACCCUCCCCGCUCAAGUCUCGGGCGUAUUGAAUAAGGUACCUUCGACGAAACGAAUGAUUAAACGCGCCUUCCCUCCAGCUGUUGUCAGUGAAAUGACUAACAUGGUCCCGCGAGCUGUGAAUGUGCCAGUUGAGGUUGCGAGCUCACUCCCCAGUCGCGGACUCCCCGUGGAGCUCCCGGUCAGCAUCCCUCCAAGCAAACGCGACUCUACCCUCCCCGUGGACUUGAAAGUCACGCCCCGUGGGGACUUACUCGAUCCUGUCGAAGAACCUGUCUUGACCUUUGGCAACGCAGUCGCGGGACAAUCGCUUAAUCACGAGAAGGAAAGACAUCAACAAGACGACACGACAACUGAACAGGACGGCUCCGAGAUAGACGACUCGACGAUCGCUGGUACGAGCCCCGACUACAAAGGCCAGACGGGGCAUUUCCGGACCGAAAAGUCGGCAAGCGGCAAGACCAGGCAUGAGGACGACCUGGUAGGGGACCGUGUCCAGUACAGCUCGGAGAAACGGCGCGACGGCGGGGUCGUUCUUCAGGAUAACGACACGAAGACGUCUCAGCAGGAGGAUGACGACGAAGAUGCUGAAACUCCGGCUGGGCAGUACCACCAGCACGAGGAAGACGACUAUUGA